AUGCUGAUUCCCCCAUCUCUUUCAGGUGUAUAUCCAGCCGCUUAUAAACUUUUUCGAAUUCUUUUCGGCUUACUGUGCAUAUCUCCUCCCAUAGACGACGAGCUAGAGGGUCACCAGCUGCAGCAGCAACAGCAGCAGCAGCAGCAGCAGCAGCAGCAGCAGGAGGAGGGGGAGGGAGAGGGUGGGGGAGAGGGAGAGGAAGAAGGAGGAGAUCAGGGUGCUCCCCACCAGCAGCAGCAGCAGCAGCAGCAGCAGCAGCAGCAGCAGCAGCAGCAGCAGCAGCAGCAGCAGCAGCAGCAAGUGAUAUCUAGAAUAUACUGUAUAAGCAUUCCAAAUUGA